ACAGUUUAUUGAUGCAUCACCGCCACCUUCUACACGGAAAUGUGGAUCAGACAUAGCCAUUUUUUAUUUCACUUCUACAACUACUAUUUUAUUUCGACAGUGCUACCCGGAAGUGUUUCGAUAACAACAACAACAACAGUUGUUAGCAUGUAGCGGACCAAGUCGUCAGUUUAUUUUUGGUAUGUGGUUCGCAAGAACGUCCACCUAAAUGUCCCUUAACCUGGUCUUGCCGUUAAUUUUACAGUUAACGUUACGAACACUUCGUACUUGUUCGGCUCUGUAGCUAACGGUAAAGGCUGAAGUUAUGUAGUAAGCUAGCGUCAGCUAACUAGCUUAAAGCUGUGGGUGUCACUGACCAGGUCAAAGUAUGGCUGACGACCCUCAGAGAAAUUUCCGCUCUGCAUACUAUGAGAAAGUGGGCUUCAGAGGAGUGGAGGAGAAGAAAUCACUGGAAAUACUGCUCAAGGAUAAUCCUCUGGAUUUAGAAAAGCUGAGCACCUUCAGUCAGAGGUUCCCCCUCCCCUCCAUGUAUAGGAUCCAUGUGUGGAAGGUAUUGUUGGGCAUCCUACCUCCCCACAGUGACUCUCAUGCUCUGGUGGGAGGCUACAGGAAGGAGCAGUACCAGGACAUCCUGGAGGCUCUGGAGGUGAUGAGAUACAUCAACUCUUCCACAUCCUCCACCCACGUCUACCUGCGCAUGUUCCAGCUGGAGAGCCAGGUGCUCCCAUGGUGCUCUGAGACCUCAGCCCCGGAUGAAGAAAACGAGGACUUCCUCUCCAUCAGUCGAGCCAUGGAGGAGAUCGUAGAUGAUCCUGUCGACUGCUAUUGGCUCAUCAAGUGUUUCGUCAAUCAGUUCCACACGAAGUUUGGAGACUCAGUACCCCACCUUCCAAAGAGCCUGGAGCAUUAUCUGAGUCAGGAGGAACCUCGACUGCUGAACCAUCUGAAGAACAGCGGAGCCCUGACUCAGCUGCCCUACAGCCUCUGGUUCAGACGCUGCUUUGCUGGCUGCCUGCCCGAAUCCAGCCUGCAGAGGGUGUGGGACAAGGUGAUCAGUGGCUCCUGCAAGAUCCUGGUGUUUGUGGCCCUGGAGAUUCUGCUCAGCUACAAGAUCAUGUUGAUGGGUAUCAACCGGCCUGAAGGCGUGCUCAAGUUUCUGUGCAAUAUACCACAGGAAAACACAGACGCCAUUGUGACUAAAGCCAUUGACUUGUGGCACAAAUAUUGCGGCACUCCAAUGCAUGCUGUUUAGCCAAAUGGAGCUCCACACGCCACAGAGAUCUGGGCCCAGAGGUGAGAUGCUUUCCCAGGAUGCACCAGGACUUGCUCUUAACUCCACUGAGAGACUAACAGACUGUGGCAUUCAGUGUCAGUAGGGAUUCGUUUCUGCAUGACUGAACCGAAAACUCAUCACGGGCUACUUUCAAUAAGCUAGGGGACUUUUCAUAUUGACAAGACAAUUCCCAGCUUUCCCCAAAGAAUAUGAUUAACUAUAUGAGGAAAGGACUUGAAUGUAUGAACACUGAAAACAGCCACUAUACAUAGUGGAUGUUCAAGCUGACCAAUGUGAAUGCACAAAACCUGUUUAGAAAAAUGCAAGGAAGCAUAAACUUAUUUUUUAAUAAGUUUCUUUCUUUAAGAAACUGCAUACAUCAUAGAAGACUCACAAUAAAUACUCACAUGCAGUUUUUCUGCUUUACAAAAAAAACAUUUGAAAAGUCUUGCUUACUUUCUUUGCUAUGUACAAGUCUUAUAAUUCUGAGAAUAUUUUUCUCUCAAAACAUUUUUAAACGUACAAGAGACAGUAAUAUUACCAACGCUUGUACAUAAGCAUACACACACUCAGACACACAGUCAUAAACACACACACAACAGAUCAACCAGUUCUCCCAAUAAUAUGGUCAAAACUGCCAAUUCAUGAACCUAAUAUGGACUGUAAACAACAAAAAGUAAGGUGGCAGGGUUUUCAUAUUUUGUACCGCCAAAGGUUCGUCUCAGACAAUAAAAAAUUAAAUACAAAAAAGAAGUAUUUUCUCGUAGUUCCGCAGAUAGUUCUGCAACAUUUUUCACUGUGUCUACAAAUAAUAUUCUGUAUGAAAUGAAACAAUUUGGCAAGUUUUAAAUCCCUGUAAACAAUACUGUAGGCACAGUGACAGUGGGUUACUGAACUGUCAACAGCAGUCACUCUGGGAUGCAUUCAAGAUCGCAACUUCCACAGAAAGUCAAGUUGCUUUGGUUUAAAAUGGGGAUCUGAAGUCUGAAAGUGUUUUGAGCUCUUGAAUGCAGCCCAUAAACAGAUGGACAAAUGAGGAGAAAAUCUGAAAUUAUUGCUCAGUUGAUUGGUGUGUAUGUGUUAGGAGAUCUUAAUUUUUACUGUUACUGGCUUGCAGAGAGCAUUUUGGGACUUUGAGUAGGAUUUUAGGACAUUUUGGCUUAAGAUUCAGCUGCCUACAACAGCAUAAACUGUUGUAAAUAUUUUAAUUCCUCUGGCAAAAUGAGAUAAAUGAUCAUUGAGAUCUCAUCUGUGAAAUAAAACUGUGCCAACACAAGCACGCCCCAUGGAGAGAUUAAGUCCAGUUGAGAAAGGAGAGUGAGAACAUGGUGAAAGGCAAGAAAACAAUCCCUGUGUAAAAAAAAAAGAAAAAUACAGUCCCAUCUUCACCUCCGACCAUUCCCAUCCUCAAAAUUGACACAGAUUCUGUGUUUGACUUCCAAAAGCCUUGUUCAAAAACAAAAGUGCUGCAAAGUAAACAAAUCGCCACCUCUUCAUCAUAAAAAAAA